AUGGCCUUGUCUUCUUGCUUCUUCAGCUCUCACGCGUGUUUAUUAUCUCCCAAGAUAAUCGACCGUCCGAAGCUAGACACUUCGUGUAAGAAUGUCCCGAGCCUUGGAAUAAAGACUGCCCUUGGAAGCAAAAACACUCAGCUGUUUGGAAACAAAGCACAGGAAUGUUUUGGGCAGGCAUUCCUCAGAGGAUCAUCCGGAACUUUCCUUAGAACGAGUCUCGUAGAAACUGCUCGGUGCAGAAAAAGCUCGGCAGUACAUGCUUCGUGGAUGUCGAAUUCUGAGAUUGCUAGCGGUGCUUUUACAUUGGGCACGGCAGCUGUUCUUCCAAUUUAUACGUUCAUGGUUCUAGCGCCUAAAGCCGAGUUUACGAAGAAAGUUGUGGCAAGCAGUGCACCAUUUGCAGUUCUUGGAUUGUUAUACGGUUAUCUAUUAUAUCUAUCAUGGACACCUGAUACAAUUCGUCUUAUGUUUGCAAGCGAAUACUGGCUGCCCGAGCUGCCAGGUAUAGCUAAGAUGUUCUCUAAUGAGAUGACAUUAGCUUCAGCUUGGAUUCAUUUAUUGGCUGUUGAUCUUUUUGCAGCAAGGCAAGUAUAUCAUGAUGGCCUCGAGGACAACAUAGAGACCCGUCAUUCGGUUUCCCUUUGCCUCCUCUUUUGCCCGGUUGGAAUUCUUGUUCAUUUCAUUACGAAAGCCGUAACUCAACAUAGACGAAAAAGAGAACAAGAAUUCACUGACAAGAUAACAGGAUUAAGUGACACGCUCAAAGACUGA